UUCAUCAUGUUACAGCUCUCAUCCAGAAGCCCCCGCUCUCUUCUCUCUCCUGGCCACGUGAUGUGAAAGACAAAAACGCACUCUCAUAUUUUCAAACACUUGACUGAGGAGAUCUCGAGCCAGUUAGGUUGUAUUUUCUUCUCUUUGUUACGCUUUGCCAGUCUCCAUCAGCGGCCACAAUCGGUGCCUUUGUUGCUCGGAUGAGAGGGGACAUUCUUCCAGAGGGAUGAUUUUUCUCGUCUCUGCAGGCGCUGGCACUGCACACGUCUUCCCCCGCACCGGUCUCGGUGCCAAGCUGGAGUCCCUCUCGAGCUGACAGAUGCACACAAGCACUGCAAAGGGACAGGAUGUGCGCAUGGUGCAUAAAAUGGAAAAGCUAAACUGCUUACUCCAGCAUUUCCUCCUCAACAUGUGCGAUGACCGUAUGCUGUUUAUUAUUAGCUGAUGGCAUGACGUAAGAGCAGGACCUGGACAUGCCGAGGAGACGAGACGUCCUUGCGCUAGUGCUGAUUGUGCUACCGUGGACUUUACUCAUCAGCAUGUGGCAUCAGGGGCCUGUCACACCACAGCCUGUCUCACACAAAAACGGCAGGCAUGAGGUCAUCAACAUACGAAAUAAUCAUCCCAAAGAGAAAUGUGUCACAAGCAAAAGCACCCCCCGUGAACGUAUGUUCGGGCAUCCUCCGCCAUGGUCUGAUCUGCUGCCCACCAUCCACGUCAUCACGCCGACCUACACCCGAGCCGUGCAGAAAGCUGAGCUCACGCGUCUCACCAACACGCUCCUGCACGUCCGUAACCUGCACUGGAUUGUAGUGGAAGAUUCUCCACGCAGGACCCCACUCGUCUCCAGACUGCUGAGGAGCUCAGGGCUCAAUCACACACACUUGAACAUAGAGACUCCCCGCUUUCACCGGAUGCGCAGGGAGGCGAGGGGUAGCCGUGUACCACGUGGAACAGUGCAGAGGAACCUCGGGCUCCGCUGGCUCAGAGAAAACCUUAGCCACAGAUACCGGCAUCAGGGAGUUGUGUAUUUUGCUGAUGAUGACAACACAUACAGCCUGGAGCUGUUUGAGGAGAUGCGUUCGACCCAGAAGGUCUCGGUCUGGCCUGUCGCCUUCGUAGGUGGCCUGCGAUACGAGUCGCCUAAAAUCAACACCCUGGGGAAAGUGUACGGCUGGAGCACCGUGUUUGACCCUCAUCGACCAUUUGCAAUCGAUAUGGCAGGGUUCGCCGUAAACCUCCAGCUUAUCCUCAGUAAACCUCAGGCUUAUUUUAAGCUGAAUGGAGUUAAAGGAGGAUACCAGGAGAGCAGUUUGCUGGGCGAGCUGGUCACUCUCAGUGAGCUGGAGCCCAAGGCUGAUAACUGUACAAAGGUGCUGGUGUGGCACACUCGGACUGAAAGACCUGUGUUGGUGAACGAAGGGAAAAAGGGCUUCACUGACUUUAACGUGGAGAUAUGAAUCCAGUGAGGUAUUUAAAUAUCGAUCCCUUAACAGUUUCCUCGCAGCAUCACGGCACGUAACGUGGGACAAUGCAAUAAUGUUUUAAGAUUAAAAAAAACAAAAAAAAACAUGCACUGCUCUGAAUGGACAUUGUUCAAAUCCAAAGCCACGGAAUAAACAGCUUACGAGCACUACUGAACUUGCACUAAGCUUUACGAGCAUUUUCCAGCCGCCAUUUGCUAUCAAAGUGGAUCUCAGUUUUCUGACACUGGGGGAUCAGCGGCAGAAGAAAAAGCCCGUUGUUCGGCGUGAGUCAGCUCUGAGCAAUAGUUUCAUUAUUACAGCGAUUGUAAACGUCAUCGUUAUUUUAGACACACUGAGCCAUUGAGGUUUAAAUGACAAACACUUCUGUUUGGUGUUUUUUUUCUCGAAACUGUCCACUUCAACUGAACUAUAUUAGUCUUGGAUUAAAAAAACCCAUAGAUAAAAAUGAUAGUUUUAAUAAAAUGUUUGGAAUCCAGUUACGAGUGACAUUAAAAGGCAGCGCGCACACAGAAUUACUUCACACACGUUACACUGUUUGUGAGAAGCUCGGGCCAGUUAUGGCUAAAUGCAAAAGUUUGCACACCUCUAUGACAAAAUUAAGCAUUUUUGCCAACAUUUCACUAGGUUCUUUAGUUUUAUCCAUACACUGAAAAUUUAAAUUGUGCAUUAGGUAGAUAUUUACUGCGGUAUACAGCAGACCUAGAGACCAGGUCUCAAAUAUUUUUAAGCUGAUUUUGUCAUAUGUUUUGCACAGGAUCCACAGUGUUGUAUUUUCGGUCACAAAUUCAGUCACACAUUUUAUUUUGUUACAUAUUUAAUUUAUCACAAAUGUAUUUUUAAAAUAAAAUAAAUUAUGUUAUAAUGAGUAAAAACAAUUACACUUAUUGCACAAUUUACAGGGGUGCAACCUUAUAAGGCCAUGACUAUUUUUAUUAUCUCAAAAUGUGAUUUUUUAAAUAGAAUUAAGGGGGGAAAAUCAAUGGAUAAAAUUUAUAUAUGAAAAAUAUAUAAGAAGAAAUAAACUAAUAUACUUUAAAAAAAAAUUUAAGUGAACACAGUUCUGGUUUGACUUUAACCAUAAAAACAGAUAAGAGGGUGUUCAAGUCAAACCAGGACUUUUAGGUGUUCCCUUAAAUUUUAUUCAUUUAUUUUUCUAUUUGUAUUUAUUUUUCCUUAUUAAAAAAAACAGCCCUUUACUUCUAUUGCAUACACGUGGAUAAAACUAAUAUUAAAAUAGAGUUGGGUGGAGAUACAUCACAUUUAAAUCUUCAAUAAUUCUUUCUCAAAAUACAGUGACAACGUCCUGCUGUGGAUGUACUUUCCUCUGUACUUAUUUUUGAUUUCUACAGUAUGUGAAACAUUUGCAUUUUUUUUUUUUUUUUACUGAAAAUUUUACAAAAGAUUUGGCAAAACUAUACAGCUUUGUGGAAGUCCUUUAACUUAUUUGACAUGGCAGCGUUUUAUUAUUUAUUUCCUUACAGUAUGAAUAACAUUAGUGAAGAAACAAUGACUGUCACAACUUCCUCCAUCGCUGUUUGUUUAAUAGAAAAGUCUUAAUUUUGUCAUUUCUAGUUGUCAUGCCUUGCUAUUUGUUCUAAUGUUUUAACGUCUUUCUUUGGGAAAUGAUUCUGUGUAUUGAUUUUAUUCAUUUUAUUUAAGACAGAAAAGAAAA